AACGCCAGAAGAAGAAGACGAGAAACGGUUCCGGUUGAAGUGAGACGCGGCUUAGAUCAUGUCUGUUCAUGCUGUGCUGUCAUUGGUUUAAAUAUGGUGAUCGCGCUCUAAAGUGGUCAAUGAACAACAAAGGUGCUAAUGAUGCUAAAAAUGCAGAAAAUGUGUAUAAAAACCCCAGGUGCCUUAUAUCAGCACAGGAAGCUGUGUGUGCGUCUCUUUAAGUGGUUCACCUAAAGUAAACAUCCACUUUCACGCACGUGGCUCUUUCCUCUGGUGUUGAUGCUGCAUGAUUUAUAAAUGCUUUUCACUGUAAAUGCACCGGAGUCCUCUCCAAACAUGGCUUCUCACCAUCAGGAGGACUUCUUCAAUCUUGCUCUCCAUCAGUUGUGAUAAUUGGGAAGGAAAACAGAGGUUGCCAUUGUAGGGUUGCCACAUCUGCAGUCAUUGACAGCCUUUCCGCCUCUUUAGAGCCCGGGGACAAAGGUCUGCCUGUCCCUCCAGUAGGUUCAAAGGAGCACAGGCUUUGGUUUUAGAGUAGGAUGCACAGGCUUGGAUUAUUUGAGAUAUGGAGGAGAGGGAAAGGAGGCAAAGCAGAAACACGGGAGGAGUCAAGAGGAGUCAAACUCAGUGUGAAAGCAAGAGACGGAGGUGAGAAAUAGGAGGAAGCAAAAAAAGGAGAGAGUGAUAGAAAAACCCCAUUAGGGUGUAUGAACGUCCACAUACAUACAUGAACAUAUGGAUUCCACAGGCCUCGGUUGAGACCCGCUGCUGUGACGAGCAGACGGAGCCGCUCCACCUCUGCCUCCCGUCAUCCCUCCAUCUUCCCCCGUUCCAUUAAUUAAAUGCACGGCGGCUGCAGGCGUCAGCAGCAUAUUCAUAUUCUAGUGGUAUUUACCGUAGCGGAGGACAGUGAGGGUUUGUUUGCGCCGCGUGACGCAGCGUCGCCUCGUGCCUCCAGUCAGUGGGCUUUUAGGCUCUCUGCCCGGAGUGUGGCGCGAGGAUGCGGCGCGCGCGGUGCGGAGGACCGCAGCGGGCCUGCUGUGAAACAGCAGCUGCGAUUGUCGGACGGUGACACCGCGAAAUGUUAAUUAUCCUCCGGAAUAGCUGCUGCUGCUACGUGUUGCGCGCGUUCGCACCGCAUCGCAGGUGUUAUGGCUGGCGGAGAGCGAGCGAGCGGGCGCGCGCGCGCGCGAGCCGAUUGGCAGCGCGUGAAGGUGACUUUGCGUGAGACGGGGAUGCGUUAAAAUGUCCGCGGCUGCACAGGAGGACGCGUUCGUUCGUUCGUUAGCCGCUGCUGGGUGUGCCUGCGAGCACUGCAGGUGUUUACCCCGCGACCCCUCCUGGGGGUUGUGAAGGAAAACUGCAGCAAAGUCUCCCCCGCACGCGCUCCGACGCCUCUCGUACCGGGAGGCGCCGCAGUCGCCUCGUUUCCCGCAGUGUCACGCGUAAUUACGUUGGUCUAAAAAUGUCUUGUUGGGGCCCGGAGCGCAUCUCGUUCCGCACCUUCCUACGCCAGACAAGGAUGGCGACAGCCAGCGUGAUCACGCUCAGCUUCCUGCUCAGCGUGGCGUAUUCUGCUCCAGUCAGAGUCACCGAGACCCUGUUGCAGGACGGGACCCUCCUCAUCCCGCUGCCGUCCCCCGGCCUGACCGUCGUGUUCAGGAACGCCUCCGUUCCGCGGCCGUCCGACGAGACCCUGAUGCGGAACGGCACCGUGGUCAACAGCCGGGUGGAGCUGAACGCGGCUCGCAGCCACCUGGCGCUGGUCAGGGUCAGGGAGGAGGAUGAGGGCGUGUACAUCGUGAGGGACCCCAAGAACCCCAGGGACGAUAGAACCAUUCAGCUCAUAGUCCGAGACUGUUUCAUGGAGCGGGCCGUUAAAUAUGGCGACGACUAUGACAUCCCAGUGUCGGGGAUCACGCAGCCAUUCAACUUGGAGUUCAAGCCCAGCGCGUUGGAGGCGAACCAGACAUCCAGAGCCGCUCUGGUGCUGCUGUCCCACGCGAAGACGGUCACGGGGGGCCGCAAGGGCCGCAUCAGGUUCGACGAGCAGCGCAUCACCCUGGCCCGAGUCACGGGGGCGGACGAGGGUAGUUAUGGCGUCAGGGAUGCCUCCGGUAAUAUAAAGAAAAAAGAGUGUCUCAACGUCAAAGAUCAUCAGCUCUUCGAGAACGUGCCGUACGGCAAAACGCUGAAGAUCAACCUGCUGGUCAACAGCUCCUCGGUUCACCUGUACUACACCCGCAACAAUGACCCCACGCCUCACCUGCUGCUGGACAAGGGGCAGUUUACAAGUGCUCAGGAGGAGCUGGGUUUCGGGGAUCGCCUGUCUCUGGACGGUCCGUGGGUUUACCUGGAUCAGGUCAAGGCUGCAGAUUCAGGCGUGUUCAAAAUCACCGAUUCAGAGGGAUUCAGCGUGUCCUUCGUCCACCUGCAAGUACAACCCUACAAGCUGGAGUCCCUGUAUGUGGCCAUCAUCGCCCUUUUAGGCGUGCUGGCUUUCCUUCUGCUGGUGUGUCUGCUCUCCUGCCUGAUCAAAGUGAAGAAGAGGGCCAAGAGGGCUGCAGCUCUGGAGAAGCUGGCCCAGAACGCCGGCAGGGAGGACGAGGGCGAGGCCUUCAGACAGGUGGUGAAGAACAUCACUAAACUCAACGAGGACUCCAAGCAUUCGCAGGCUGAUAACACAGAAAAAUCCCAGAGCACAGAGGUGGACAUUAAAGGUUUAGAGGUUUCUUCCAAAGAGGUUGGGGUCGGAAACCUAGAGACCAGCGACUCAGGCGUUGGGUUCAACACCGCUCUCCCACUGGACACUGACACUGAUGCCCCGGAUCAGAUCCCCGACUCUGAGGCCGUAAGCAUCUCGAUUGCUCCUGAAACCAAACCAAGUCCGCCAUCUGCUGCUGAGAGCAAGCCAAGCCCUUCGCCAGCUAUGGAUAUUAAACCCAGCCUAGAAGUUGAAAAGAAAGCCAGCCCCGCACCCGAGACCAAGAAACCCUCCCCUCAGCCUUUGGAAGUAAAGUUGGAUGUGCCUGAACCGGAACCUGUUAAGCUCAGUCCAGCCCCGACACCUGAGCCCAAAGCUGGGUUGAGUCCAGCUGAUCCUAAGCCGGCACUCAGCCCAAGUCCAGAGCCUAAACCAGUUACAUCUAAGGCCACCACCCCAACACCUGAAAGCGUGAAAGCGAGUGCAACACCCGAACCCCCCAAACCACCAACACCACACCCUAUCACCAAUGGCACAGCUGAGCCAGGCCUGGACCCAAAAUCCAGUCCGGAUCACGCCCAUAUUAUUGAAGGCUCAGCUCAGAAAGAUGUGCACCCGAAAACCCCUGAAAUGGAGUUGAAAUCCAGCGGUGCUGUAGUAGAAGCUACCGGAGAUAGCGCUGUGGCUGAGGAUUCAACCACUAGCGCCUGAGAACUGCCCCUGCAACAGCCCAGUGGAAACCCCGCAGAUCCGCUCCAUCUUCCGCCACAGACAAUCAACAUCUCCAACCUAAAGAAGAAACCACUGAAACUGGGACGAGGACUCUGGUCAUCUCUAAUGCCUGAACACACCUUAUAACAGUUUCUCACUUGUGUAACUAACUUAUAUAAUCUUUGAGAAUUUCUGACUCGGAACACUUGCACCGUUUGGACUAAUAGGCAUUUUGGUUGUACACACCUUGAAGCCUCUUUUUUUGGUAACUUCACAGUUUAACUGCCAGACUGCAAAUGAAACCCUUUUGCAGAGUUUACAACUAAAACGUUAACUGCACACAAGGUCUUUUCGUACUCAGACAGAAAAGUUUACAAGAUUCACUAUGAACAAGACGCCCUCAUUUGACCUUAACUCACAUCAGAAACUAACAACAAGCCUCGUUGUUCAUUGGACACAAAUGAAUUCCCCUUUGAUCAAAUGAAUGCACUCUGCUUUUGGCAUUUUUAAAUAGUUGUGAGAAAACAAUGCAGAGUUUUGCAAUAGUUUAUCCACACACAGUAAACGGAUAAUAAGCUAGACCAGCACAUCUUAUUUAGAUCUCAGAUUUAAGAUCCUAACCAUUUCAGACAGUUAAAUGUGUUUUCCAGACUGAUCCUUCAACUCUGUAUCAACCACUUUGUCUGCAAUCUGUCUUUCUCUGUGGCUCUAUAAAAAACCCAUUACACAUCCAGUUAAACGUGCCAUAAAGCUUAUGGCUGCUCUUAGUGGAUGCACCACCUUCCUGCUGCGAGGGGCUGGCUUUCAAAAAGGAAAAUAUUCCACAUAUACAUGGAAAUGCUGUGGAUAAUGUUACCGCUUGCUUCUUCACUUUUGCCUCUUUGACCUCUGCUUUUUUUUCCUAAUCAGACAUUUCUGUUCAUUCUUGACUUGCUUCUUGACUUUCCUCUAAAAUAUGUGUUUUGUUGACAAUGACAGAGAGUAGUUUCAGUGUCUCCAAAUUGGAUAAGAAGCAAACGUUUAUCUUUAACGGGUCAAACGCCAUCAUAGGCCUGUCAUGGUAUUAUCAUCCUGAUGUGUUCUAUGUGACUUCAGAGGAAUUUAAGUGAUCAAUCGACAAAUUAAUUGGAGUUGAAAUGUAUCUGGUAAAGAAGAGGCAGAUACAUCAGACACAUCUUAGUAUGAUGAAUGGCUAAACAAUAACAACCCAAGUUUGAUGCAUUGAACUUAAAAAGCACAAAUAGACAGUAUUGAUAUUCCAAACGAUUAGUGAACUUUAGCAAAACAGUAACAAGUAGAUCCAUCAACAAACAACUGGCCUUUCUUGGUAGUUUUCCUGCAGACUGUUCCUACUAGGAAAUUAUCAGGCACGCUGCCUGUCAGUGUUUUGAUAAGCCAUAAAACAGGACAAGUUACGAUGUCAGAUUUAAUACCACGAUCAGUGUAUAAACGCGCAAAACAACAACAAAACAAGUGAAAAUCACAGUGCCUCAAUAUUAAAUAGACAAAUAGCAUAAAAGCUUCAGGUCGCUUGUGUUGAAAAUAAAAUCACUGAAUUUACCUACUUUUCAGUCUGAAUCAGUAAAGGAACCACACAUUUUGGCAAUAACUGAGACCGAUCUUUAUACAUGUGUAUACGUAUGUAUAAUAAAAAUAUAAAUACACACAGAUACACAAAUAGGACACGAUCCCUGUAGAUAUUGCAUGAGUGAACCAGUUUAACCCACUUAAAUAUUUUAGUGUAUAGAAUGGUUGUAUCAAACUGAAAAAACUAAUUUAAAUUUCUCACCAAACCUAAAACCUUAAAUAUCAAAUAUAUACAUACUAUAUAGUAUUUACACUAAUGUUCACUAACGCCUUGAACUAAUUAAAGAACCAAAUAUUUUAAAACUAUGUUAGCUCUUUAUAGAUCAUGUAUCUGCUUUUACUAUUCCAGCCCAACGACUCUCACGGUGUACAGUAUCUCCUACACUAUAGAAAUAUAUAACCUCUGUUGAGUAAAGGACUGGCUUCAGCAUGCCCACCACCUGAGCAACAGGCUCCCACUGGUCUGCGCGACCAGACGAGCGACGCGUUAAUGUUGUCACCAUUGUGUGCACGUUGGGCCGUUCUGCAUUUAUGCCAAUGCCGCUCAUUGUUCGUGUGUCAUUUAUGACCGAGUGAGAGUCUGUGUCGAAACUAUGCAUAGCUCGUGUUCAUGCAGUGGAACUGGCGUCCCUUAUGUGAGCUUCUCCAUCUGUUGUGAGUAAGGUCAAUGUGCCUGCUUAAAUCGUCUUGCAAUGUGAAGAAAAAAACAAGUGCUGUGUUGAAGUUAUGAGUGUGAAUGUGUUAAAACCGCAAACAAUUGUAAAAUAUAUUGUAACUUAGAGAUAUUUUAGUGACUCUUGUCUUUGUUGUAGUGCCUAAAGAGUAUAAAUAUCAGAUAGAUCGCACCUUUUUCUUGUUGAGUAUGAUCGUCACAAAACCUUGUUGGUUGAUGUCGUACCACUAACUGGCCUGUGACACAUUAAUGUGUGGGACAUGACGUGACUGCAGUAGAAACCAUAAACAAAGUCUUGGGUUGAAUCGGUUUCAUAUAGUAAGUGUGCUUCGGUUCUUGUGAGUGAAGGUGUUUUCCCUUUCAUUAAUCACGUGGGCGUCACGGUUUGGAGCAUGUGAGAGCUCGGCAGCAGCCGUUGAAUGACAGCGCUGGUGACGGGUAACGGACGCGGGAUCUCUGAGCAGCACCGCUGCUGCGCGUUGACAGCGAGAAGGUGAAGCCGAGCAGCCGAGGGUGAGGAGAGACGGAGGAGGCAGAUCUGUGCUGUCCUUUGGUUUACACUUUACCAGCAUCUCAAGGAAGGCUCAGUGUGGUGAGAUCGGGGUUCAUCCCUGAUCGACUGCUAAAGGAAACAUCACCGUUAUCACCACUGGCACUUGUUGCACUACGUCAUUCGCCUCUGAUCCCCUCUGUUUACUCUCGCUGUUCCGGCUUAGCGGUGCUGUGAUGUUGCUCACGUUCUCCCCCGUUCUCCCCUUUUUGCACAAUACUUCACCACAGGUGUUUUGUAAAGAUGGUUUUCUUUAUUUCAUGUCUAAAGGAAUACUAAGAAUAAACAACACAUCAUGA